ACACGGGAACAAUGAGGUCAUCCUUGACACCCUUGGGGUUCCCUGUAAGCCGGGACCGCAUCAUCGCCAGCUUCCCUAAGUGGUACACGCCCGACGCCUGCUUGCAGCUGAAGGAGCAUUUUGAUGGGCAGGUCAGCACGGCCUGCCAGCGCCGGGACACGGGGACUGUCGGGCUCCAGCUCUCCAAGGUGGUGGUCGUCGGCGAUCUGUACGUGGGGAAGACCAGCCUCAUCCACAGGUUUUGCAAGAAUGCGUUCGACCGCGACUACAAGGCCACCAUCGGGGUGGACUUUGAAAUCGAGCGCUUCGAGAUUGCCGGAGUCCCCUACAGCCUCCAGAUCUGGGACACAGCCGGACAGGAGAAGUUCAAGUGCAUCGCGUCUGCCUACUAUCGCGGGGCCCAGGUGAUCGUCUCGGCCUUUGACCUCACCGACAUACAGACACUGGAGCACACCAGGCAAUGGCUGGAGGAUGCACUGCGGGAGAAUGAGGCGGGCUCCUGCCUGCUCUUCCUCGUGGGAACCAAGAAAGACCUCCUGUCAGGGGCGGCGUGUGAGCAGGCGGAGGCCGAGGCCGUGCACCUGGCCAGCGAGAUGCAAGCUGAAUACUGGUCGGUGUCAGCCAAGACGGGGGAGAACGUGAAGGCGUUCUUCAGCCGUGUUGCCGCCCUGGCGUUCGAGCGCUCGGUGCUGCAGGACCUGGACAAGAGGAAUGACGCCCGCCUCCAAGUCGGCGAUGGACACCUCAUCCGGAUGGAAGGAAGCUCACCCGAGACCCAGGACAGCCAGCAGCCGCCCAGUGUGGGCUGCUGUUAG